UAAAUGGUCUUUAAAUUUCUUUUUGUUUUGAUGUGAAGCCGAACGUUUAAUUUCUGAAAAAUCACACAAGUGUUUCGCGAAUUUUAGUGCUCUGUAGUUUUUCUCAGAAGGAACUUGUUUAAAAGUGAAUUAUAACAGAGACGUUUCAUUAUUUAAGAGGGCUACGCCUAUUUUUUGAACGGCUUGAAACGCUCACGUGAAUCCCUGUGAACAAACAAAAUGACUCUACCAAAGAUAAGAAAUGAAGAGAAGGAAUCAAAAUUCGGUUACGUCUAUGCAGUAUCCGGACCCGUGGUUACCGCGGAAAGAAUGUCCGGAUCUGCUAUGUACGAACUGGUUCGUGUCGGUUACUAUGAACUAGUGGGAGAAAUUAUUCGAUUGGAAGGAGAUAUGGCCACAAUUCAAGUAUACGAGGAGACGAGCGGCGUGACUGUCGGCGAUCCGGUGCUGAGAACUGGAAAACCCCUGUCGGUGGAAUUGGGACCUGGAAUUCUUGGCAGUAUUUUCGACGGUAUUCAACGUCCCUUGAAGGACAUUAACGAACUCACGAGUUCAAUUUACAUCCCGAAAGGAGUAAAUGUUCCGGCUUUGUCUCGCACGGCUUCCUGGGAAUUCAAUCCACUGAACAUUAAAAAUGGAAGUCAUAUUACCGGAGGUGAUUUGUACGCUAUCGUUCACGAGAAUACGCUCGUCAAACACAAAAUGAUUCUGCAACCGAAGAGCAAAGGUACAGUCACCUACAUUGCUCCUGUAGGAAAUUACACCGUUGAUGAUAUUGUUUUGGAAACUGAAUUCGAUGGCGAGAGGCAAAAAUACAGUAUGUUGCAGGUAUGGCCCGUACGUCAACCACGUCCAGUGACGGAGAAACUGCCUGCCAAUCAUCCACUACUUACUGGCCAACGAGUUUUGGAUUCUCUUUUCCCUUGCGUUCAAGGUGGAACAACCGCUAUUCCUGGUGCUUUCGGUUGCGGAAAAACUGUCAUUUCUCAAGCUUUGUCCAAAUACUCCAACUCUGAUGUAAUUAUUUACGUCGGUUGUGGAGAACGUGGUAACGAAAUGUCUGAAGUAUUGCGCGACUUCCCCGAACUUAGUGUCGAAAUUGAUGGAGUGACCGAGUCUAUCAUGAAGCGUACCGCUCUGGUUGCAAACACGUCCAACAUGCCUGUCGCCGCUCGUGAAGCUUCCAUUUACACCGGUAUCACUCUUUCUGAAUACUUCAGAGACAUGGGCUACAACGUAUCCAUGAUGGCAGAUUCUACAUCUCGUUGGGCCGAAGCUCUUCGUGAAAUUUCCGGACGUUUGGCUGAAAUGCCUGCCGAUUCCGGUUAUCCAGCUUAUUUGGGUGCUCGACUCGCCAGUUUCUACGAAAGAGCUGGACGAGUCAAAUGCUUAGGAAAUCCUGAUCGUGAAGGUUCAGUCAGUAUUGUCGGAGCUGUAUCUCCACCCGGAGGUGACUUCUCUGACCCUGUUACGAGUGCUACUCUUGGUAUUGUUCAAGUGUUUUGGGGUUUAGAUAAGAAACUUGCUCAACGCAAACACUUCCCUUCCAUUAAUUGGUUGAUUUCCUACAGUAAAUAUCUUCGCGCUUUGGAUGACUUUUACGACAAGAACUUCCAGGAAUUCGUUCCCCUGAGGACAAAAGUCAAAGAAAUCCUUCAGGAGGAAGAGGAUUUAUCAGAAAUUGUACAAUUGGUCGGUAAAGCUUCACUUGCGGAAGGCGAUAAAAUCACUCUUGAAGUUGCGAAACUUCUCAAGGACGAUUUCCUUCAGCAGAACAGUUACUCACCUUACGAUCGAUUCUGUCCGUUCUACAAAACAGUGGGCAUGUUACGUAACAUGAUUGCAUUUUACGAUAUGGCAAGGCACGCUGUAGAAUCCACCGCUCAGUCGGAUAACAAAAUCACAUGGAAUGUCAUCAGAGACAGCAUGGGCAACAUUCUUUAUCAGCUCACUUCCAUGAAAUUUAAGGAUCCUGUGAAAGACGGCGAAGCAAAGAUCAGAGCAGACUUUGAUCAGCUUCACGAAGACAUCCAACAGGCAUUCAGAAAUUUAGAAGAUUAAAUCUUCAAAUUUUAACUGAAUUAUUUGUUAUUAAUCUAUUGUCUCGGUUCCCAUUCGACUAGGAACGUUCCAAUUUCAAUCGUUUGGGGAUGUUCCAAGAAUGCAAUAUGCUGUGCAUAGAAAAAAACAAAAAAAAUAUGAAAGGUAAAAAUAGAAAAAUCAUUUUAUAAUCUUAAUUUUUGAAAUCCCCUCGAUUAUAAUCGAAGCGAUCUCGAGGAUGAUUUUAAAAUGCAUAAAGUGUACGCUCUGCUGCACAAUUUUUAGUACAUUCCCAAUGCAAUAUAUUUUAUUGGCAAACUAAUAAGUAUUUGAUUCCCGGAUUUUUUUGUUGUUCGAGACCUGAUUUUUUUUUAAGUUGAAAAAAAACGAGAAAUAAUUUUUAAUAGUCGCUGUCCCUUAUGUACUAAACUUACUGGAAGAAAGAGAGAGAAAGAAAGAAAGAAAGAGAGAGAAUGAAACUGUGGGACUAUUAUUAUAUCCUUGUUCAGUUUAUUUAAUUAUUAAUUGAACACGAAACGGUCAAUUAUUGACUAAAUUAGUAUUCUACAUCGAAUUAUUGUAUAUAGAAACAAUCUCUGAUAAAAAAAAAUUUUUUUUCCUCAAAUCACUUUGCAUCUUAUUUUUCGAUUAUUUAUCAAGUCUCAUUUUUCGCAGAGUAUUAAUGGCAAUAUUGACAAAUAGUGAGACAAUAAAAUGGAACACCCCUAAACGCAAAUAACAUCUACUCCAAAAAAAAAAAAAAAAAUGUGUUUCCGAGUAUUCCUCUUGCUAAUUUUUAAAUCAUUUGUUAGCGAAUUCUUACUUUUGUGAAAAUUGGGAAUUUUUUUUUUUUUGUUUGAUAAAGAAAGAAAAAUCAUCAAUGUGGAUCGCAAAAUUUGCGAAAUAUCUACAAUGUAUAUUACAAAAAGUAUAUCAUAAAUUGAAAGCUCUCGAAUCGUUUCAAUACGAUAAGAGUAAUAUCUAAUGUAAUUAAUUUUUGAUAAACACAUGGCCUUGGUGUUGCGAAAAAUAGUUCGCUGAGACGACAAGAUAGCUUUCAAAAGAAAAAAAAAUGAAAAAAGCAUAAAUCGUGGAAUAUUAGAUAUUGUACUAUAUUAUUAUAUUCUAUAAACGUAACAGAAAUUAAAUGUAGGCGUUAAAAAGAUUAUACAAUGUUGACAUAAUGCAGUUCAGUGCUGUUCGACAACAGAAAUUUGCUUUUUAAUAAUUUUGUUUCAAAUAUAUCUUAUAAAAUUCAGUAUUUAAGAAUAUCACGAGAUUAUUAAUGUUUAUCGUGUUUUAAAGUCAAUAAACGAUUUUAAUUCUAAGAGUUGAUUGUUCGACAGCACUGGCAUAGAUAUUUUAUGCAGGCUAAACUUAAGGUGCUGGGUUUUUGCAGUAAACGAAACAAAAAAUAAUACUUCACAAUGUCCACUGUUUCCAGCAACUUCAGUAUCAUUUCCAUUGUAUGAUAUGUAAAAAAAAUCAAUAAAAAAUGAGAAAAAGGAAAGUAA